GUUUCCCAUAAAGCCCUUGGUGCCGCAGUUUGACAACCCAAAGAUGCUUCUUGUGUUUCCCAUUGUAGCUUGUAGCUAAAGCUUAGCGUAGUCCUGGGCCGGUAGGAUGGGUGUAUCAGACUUACAGUGUGAUACAGAUGCUGGACCUGUGGUUGAUCUUUCAGCUCGCAGCAUGCAGAAGCUGGAUCCCAGUUUCACCUGCUCAGAGGACACCCACACCCUCAUCUUAGACCGUAACAACAUCAUGAAGCUGGACCACCUGGAACGAUGCCCAAGCCUUCAGCAGCUCUCCGUAGCCAAUAACCGAUUGGUGAGAAUGAUGGGGGUGUCCCAGCUCAGAGAGCUGAGAGUCCUCAAUCUUCCCAAUAACAGUAUCGGCUACAUUGAAGGGCUGCGAGAUCUACCCCACCUGACUUGGCUGAAUCUGUCGGGGAACAACGUUAAGGUCAUUGAGCAGCUGAACAACUGUGUGUCCCUCCAGCACUUGGAUUUGUCUGAUAAUAACAUAUCUACCAUAGGAGAUCUGACUAAACUAGUGGAAUUGAAGACGCUGCUGCUCCAUGGAAACAGCAUCACAACACUCCGGGCUGUUCCUGCUCAUCUUCCUGCCCGUUUGUCCAUCCUGUCCCUGGCAGAAAAUGAGAUAAGGGAUCUUAAUGAAGUGUCAUACCUGGCCCCUCUUCAUGAACUGGAGCAGCUGUCCAUCAUGUGCAACCCUUGCGUCAUGGCCACGCCCUCGUUGCCGGGUUUUGAUUACCGGCCGUACAUCAUGAGCUGGUGCCUGAGCCUGAAGGUCCUCGACGGCUACGUCGUGACGCAGAAAGAAGGGCUCAAAGCGGAGUGGCUCUACAGUCAGGGGAAAGGUCGCUCAUAUCGGCCCGGGCAGCACGUUCAGCUGGUUCAGUACCUGGCCACCGUUUGCCCUCUGACCGCCUCGCCCGCCCUGGAGACGGAAGAGGACGCCAAACUGGAGAAGAUCCUCAGUAAACAAAGACUCCACCAGCAGCAGCUGCUGGAGGAGACGCGAGGAGGCUGCCCCAGUCCACCUCGUCCGACUCAGCUAGACGUUGAGAGCCACAGUCCCUCACCGGGUGGAAACCCCGAGGCGCUGAAGACCCCCACACCUGAACCGGCCGCUGCUCCGUCUGUCCAGGAGAAAGAGCCGGUGGUGCAGUUUAACACUUGGGUAGGUCGCGACGCCUCUCACGCAUCGCUGCCGGCGGUCCGCGGGCCCCGGACCGCAGGGGAGCACGUCUACUUGGAAGACGUGCAGACGGACGAGGACAAGGUCAACAGCAGCUUGCUGUCCUCCGAAUCCACCUUCCUUCCCUUCACGUCGGACCCAGAGCCGCAGACGGCGCACACCGACAGCGAAGACGAGACGGAGACGUUCGAGCCCGAUUCCCUGGCUCCCCGGCGACCGUCGCAUCCCAGACGCCCCGACCCGAACAGGAGCAGCGAGGCGUCUCCAGCAGAUAAGCAGCAGAGGAAACCCGGUGAGGAGAACAUCGUAGCUGCCGCAACAGCUCAGCCGCCGAGCGCAUCCGUCAGCGGGUUCAGUCUGCUGGAGGCUGACGAGGCGGCGAUCAAAAUCCAGUCCUGGUGGAGGGGCCACCGCACCCGCCGGUUCCACCCGGCAGCCAGAGAGGUGCGCGGCGAGAUCCGUCUGAGGCGAAUGCAGGAGCACAUCCUCUUCCUGUCGGACAAGUUGGAGACGAUGCAGAGGCAGUGCGAGGAGGAGAGGCUCCAAAGGCUCGUUCAGGAGGAGGCUGUGAAGUUUCUGUGGAAAGAGCUUCAGUCCAUGCAGCAGUGGAAACAGUCUGUGGAGAACAGGCUCGCUGUCCCCCCGGCCCCGGUCCUUGCUCCGGGGCUCUGCGACGCAGCCCCCCCUCCUGUCUCCCCGGGCGCCAGCAACCCUCCCGUCGCCGACGUCUCCUUCCCAGACUCCGGCUUCCAGUCGACCGGCGAUCAGCAGGCGGCGCAGGAGGACAGCUUCCUGAGCAGCGGGACGGCCGACUCCCUGGGGACGGUGCGGGCGCUGAGCCCCGCCCGGGGCGGCUCCGCCGGCGCGAGCGACGGUGCGGACAGCGCGGACUGCAGCCUCUUGGAGGAGUACCUGUCCUCCGUACAGCAGAGGGAGGAGGAGGCUGAUGAGGCGGACAGCGAUAAAACGGAAACGCCACAGGCCUCUCCAGCCAGGACGGCGUCCAGCGAUGACCCCCCCACACAGAAGGCACCACAGACCCCUCCGGACUCCGCCUGACGUCCUUCAAUGACUUGAAAAUCCUCCGGAAUGUGUGAAAAAUGAGCGCUCCACGUGCGAUGCAGACAUUUAGUUCCUUAGACCUUGAUUAGGUCUAUAAACUGCACUCUUCCUGAUGGCAAAUCAACUUAAACACUACCUUUACACCAAAUGUCAGUCAAGCUGUUUUGUACCAUCAGUUCUGUUAUUACUGGACAUUUGAUGCUCCGAAAGUCUAUUGAUUGAAUGUAGCAACAGAAUUGUUAACAGCAGGUAACGAAUGUGUUCACAGGUCAUCGGUGACUACUGCAGACGCGACUAGACGUACUUGUUACUUUAGCUGUGUUGUAUGUCCGACCUGUUGCCAACAUGGGUUCCGUCAGCUUUAUCUGAUGUUUAAAGUAAACCCGCUGUUGUUUUAUCCUCUAAAUAUUUAAAUAAAUCUGCAGAAUAUGCUGUGCAUUUCUAAA